UGUUGUCCUGGCUAAUUUUGAAGAAGCCCAGAAAACACAGGUUCGGGUAGUAAUGGGGCAUGCAAUACAGAAAGUAGAGGCAUUCAGUGAACCAGAUGACAUCAUUAGAAAGAGACUAUCACAUAUUUUCAGCCUUUGUGAAACCAGUUUACACACUAGUGAGGAUCUAGAGACAAGAAAACAAAGCUUGAAAAGUUGGCUGGAGCAAAACAAUAUUCCCAUUACUGUACAAGGAGAAUCACAGAGGACAUUGUGUGUAGCUGGAGUACUAAGUAUUGACCCUCCCUAUGGACCAGAUAACUGCAGUAGCACUAAUGAAAUUAUAUUGUCUCGCGUACAAGGACUGUUACAAAGCUAUCUGACGAGCCAGUGCAACACUAUAUUUUAACACUUUUCUGUUCAGACAAA